UGCUGUCUCUUUUUUUUAGAGACUUUUAGAGGUAUUUUUUCUCAAGAGAUGGCCUUCAGCCCUUCGUCCCUGGAGGAUGACCUGCAGUGCCCCGUGUGCUGCGAUCUCUUCGCCGACCCGGUGGUCCUGCACUGCAGCCACAGCUUCUGCCGCCUCUGUCUGGACGCGUACUGGAAGGAUCAGCCCAGCAAGCCGUGUCCUGUGUGCCGCCGUCCCUUCCCUGGGCGAACCCCGCCAGUAAACCUGGCCCUCAAGAACAUUGUGGAGGUGUACAAGAGGGAGCAGGAGGAGGGGGCUGACCACAAACACACUCCGGGGGGGAGAGCAGGAGUACGUGGACAACGAGAGAGGGGAGAGGAGGAGAGGGGGGAGGAGGAGGAGGAGGAGGGUCGUUGUAGUCAGCAUGGGGAGAGGCUGCUCCUCUACUGUGAGGUGGACCAGGAGCCCAUCUGCAUGGUGUGCCACCUGAGCAAGAGGCAUCGAGGGCACCGCACGAGCCCAGUGGAGGAGGCCGCCGAGGAGCUGAGGGAGGAGGUCAGAGCCUCUCUCAGCAAGCUCCAGGCCAGAUUUAAGACAUUCAACAAAGUGAAGCAGGAAUGUGCCAGAACGGCUCAGUACUUAGAGACACAGGCUAGUAAGACCCGGGCUCAAAUAGCGGAGGCCUUUGAGGAGUUACAUCACUUCCUGCGUCUAGAGGAAAAUGCCAGAAUGGGUCAGCUGGAGGAGGAGGUGGAGCUGAAGACCAUGAUCAUGAAGGAGAAGGUGGAGAACCUGAUCAGGAAGACAGAGGCCAUGAACAACACCAUCAGUCAGGUGGAGAGAGAGCUGGAGGCCAGGGACUCCAUCUUCCUCCAGGCUUACAGCAAACACCAAGAAAGUCUCAGGGAGAAGCUGGCAGGGCCGGACCCGACUCUGGUGACGGGCGCGCUGAUCAACGUGGCAUCACACCUGGGCAACCUCAAGUUUAAAGUGUGGGAGAAGAUGAAGGAGAAUGUGGAGUUCUGUCCGGUGAUCUUUGACCCCAACACAGCCACCCCGUGCCUCAGUGUGUCCGACGGCCUGACCAGCGUCCACGACGUGGGUCACCAGCCGAGCGUCCCCUUGAACCCCGAGCGCUUCGACCGGUGCGUGUGUGUGCUGGGAGUCGAGCCUCUGGGCCCCGGCACACACAUCUGGGAGGUGGAGGUCGGCGGGAGGGAGAAGUGGAACCUCGGGGUGGUGGCCGAGUCGUCCAGCAGGAAGGGGGAACUGCAGGUCCACCCCGCUAACGGCUACUGGGCGCUAGCACUCCGAGAUGGGGGCAGAUACAGCGCCUCCACUCUGCCUCCCCGCGAGCUGAGCCUGAAGGCGAGGCCUAGCGCCGUCCGCAUUAUAUUGGACCACCAGCAGGGGGAGCUGUCCUUCUACAAUGCUACCGACAUGGCGCUCAUCUACACUUUCCGGGACAGCUUCACUGAGAGACUGCUGCCGUUCUUUUCACCUGGUGUGAUGAAGAAGGGGACCAGCGUUUCCAAGGCAAUAAAGGUCUGCAAGGCAGACAUUAGAGUGACACUUGACCCCUGAGGUUUUGUGAACAGUGCCAUGCGAGGUGUACAGAUUGUUGUAAUGUUAGAGGGGUCAGUAGCAGUGUCAGUUACUACGCAUUUGUCUGUGUUAACAUUUGUAUUACUGCUGUGCUCUGGAAAGAAAACAUUACUAUUUAUUUACCCUGAGGUGCUUUUCUGAACUGUCCUCUUGAACUGGCUUUCUCCAAUUAAUGUUCAUAUUUUUGCCUUUUCUUACCCAUUAUAUGUGUAGCAUGUGUAUGCCAUACCUUUAUCGCAUGUGUUUGUUCCAUGUAGGAAGACUGCAAAUGUCUUCAUCAUUAAGCAUGAAUUAA